AGUCGAUUAUUUUCUGGCUAAACAUGAAAAGCACGUGAACCAUGUGUGUGAUCGCGUGACCAUGUUCUCCUAUAAAAAGAAGAACGCAAUUGCGUUAUUAUUGUCUUGUCUGUUGAGUUUUUGGAGUCUGAUUGUUCUAGACGAAUUAAAAACGGCCAUGAAGCUUGCGCUGUUACUGGUUGUGUCGGUUUGUCUGUUCCACCUGACUGAUGCCCGGAUGUCUAAAAAGGAGAAAUUGAAACUCCGCCUGAAAGAGGGCAUGUUCAGUCUUUGUCGAAGGGUCGAUGUUUUGGAUCUGAUGCAAUCUCGAACAACCGAAGUUCCAUUUGAAGGAACUGUCGCCCCAGACAUUGACCCCGGCUCACGGAAUACGCAAAAUGAAUUUUCACAAACUACAGCAAAUCCAAAUCCAGUCUCGUCCCUGAAACGAUUCCUGAGAAAAAUGGAUAAAACUGAAGCCAUCGGUCUCUUGGAUUCGGGCUUGAUGGACAUUCUUAUUGAUACAUGUGAUAUGGAUGGUGGCGGCGCUGUGACUCCUGGGUCGAUGGGCAUGGGUGGCGGCGCUGUGGCCCCUGGGUCGAUGGGCAUGGGUGGCGGCGCUGUGGCCCCUGGGUCGAUGGGCAUGGGUGGCGGCGCUGUGGCCCCUGGGUCGAUGGGCAUGGGUGGCGGCGCUGUGGCCCCUGGGUCGAUGGGCAUGGGUGGCGGCGCUGUGACUCCUGGGUCGAUGGGCAUGGGUGGCGGCGCUGUGGCUCCUGGGUCGAUGGGCAUGGGUGGCGGCGCUGUGGCCCCUGGGUCGAUGGGCAUGGGUGGCGGCGCUGUGACUCCUGGGUCGAUGGGCAUGGGUGGCGGCGCUGUGACUCCUGGGUCGAUGGGCAUGGGUGGCGGCGCUGUGGCUCCUGGGUCGAUGGGCAUGGGUGGCGGCGCUGUGGCCCCUGGAGUGGGUGGCCCCAGUUCGUUUACAGAUAGUAUUCCAGAUUUCCAGAAACUCGACAAACUGAAACGCUACAUAGUCUUCGGCACCAUGACGCUAUGCCGUAUUGGCAAACGUUUUGAAAGUCUGCAAAAGAAUGAUGUUGAAAAUGACGAACUGUCAUUUCUCGACCUGCUGAGCGAUGCGUGCGACUUCUUGGAGCGUUCGAGAGAGGAGCAGAAUGAGGCGCCUCCUUCCGGUAGUGUGAAUCCAUCUGUACCAGACCCGGUUGAAUCGAAGGUAUCCACAGAAUCGUCUCUCCCAGCCAGAGCCUUGCCUAGUAAGCCUGAUCUGGUCUCGACAUUGGUAAAGAUCUGUGAAGAGGUUUUCAGCAUGGACGAGAACGCCGACUUUUCAACACUACACGAUCUUCUACCAAAGGAUUUUGAGAUUGUGACAAAUGUUUAAAGGACUGACCUCGGUGUGCAACUUGCUCCUGGAUUUGAACAAGGACCACAUGCAUGAGAAGGGUCUUUGGUAACCGGAACUCAAAAUUUGAACAUGUAUCGAGUGAAAUAAAAGGCAAAAUAAAAGGCAGGACAAUA